AUGCGCCGAAAGCAAGCUCGACCAACCAAGAGACCUCAAGAAGAUUACGAGCUUGAGGUCCCCGAACCGGCGAAAAUCACCAAAACCGAGCAUAGCCACGAAUCACCCCAGGAAGGGGGAAGAACUUCCAGCACAGCCCUCGAUCGCCUACACACAAUAGAAAUGACACCGUCAUGCUCUAAGGAUCCUACACCCGCUGCUGUACCAAAAAAGACUACGGCUAACCCACUUCUGCUGCUGGAACGUUCACUAAAGCGUUUUGAACCGCAAAAACCAGGUAAGUGCUAG